CCUGAGAGUUUGUCAUCCGUGGAAGACUAGGCCUGGAAGUCUAGGGAGCGCGCUGCAUGCUGGACUGGCCUCUUUGGAAGACAACAUCUCAAAAUGGGUAAACCCCGUGGUCUUCGUACAGCCCGCAAACUCCGAUCGCACAGACGAGACCAGAAAUGGCACGAUAAAGCGUACAAAAAGGCUCACUUGGGAACUGCUCUGAAAGCUAACCCUUUCGGAGGCGCCUCUCACGCCAAGGGAAUCGUCCUCGAGAAAGUUGGAGUUGAAGCCAAACAGCCCAACUCUGCUAUCAGGAAGUGUGUACGUGUACAGCUUAUCAAGAACGGCAAAAAGAUCACAGCAUUCGUCCCUAACGACGGCUGCUUGAACUACAUUGAAGAGAACGACGAGGUACUCAUCUCUGGAUUUGGUCGCCGUGGCCAUGCUGUUGGUGACAUCCCUGGAGUUCGAUUUAAGGUGGUGAAGGUUGCUAAUGUCUCUCUGCUCGCACUGUUCAAGGAAAAGAAGGAGAGACCACGAUCUUAAGUUGGAAAUAUGUUCAGCUAAAUAAAUGAACUUUUGAUCUCUU